GAUUGUCAUUCUGGAAUUAAAUGUCUUACCAGGUAGUUUGGACCGUUCACCACCCACUUCCUUAAAACCAGGAAACCCAAGAUUCUUUAGUAUCAAUAAACGAAUUGUACAUUCAAGAGUACUUUUGUUUUAUUCUUACUUAUUAUAAAAGUUAUUGGAAAGCUUGAGAACCAAUUUCAUAUGCUUGAAAAACAUUGACUUGAUUGUAGAUUUGCUGACAGUUUACAGACGGUCGUUCUGCAGUGAUUAUUGACAUGCGCAAUCAUUCUGCCUGGGGCCUAUAAAAAUUGAUCCUUAUUAUUUUAUUUCCAAGUGGUCUUUUUACUACUUUUUACUUUCGACCUUCCUAAUCCAAUCUGUCGAUUUCUCUAAACUACAUUGCAAUUCGUUGAUCAUCAGUUGAUACUUAGUAUAUUUCCCGGCAACGGUGACUUUCUUUUGCGGUACCAUUUUGCUUGAGAUCUGUACAACUUCUGAUCCACCUUUUUACGUUGUUCGUUUUAUUUAUUUUUUUGUGAUUUUUACACUCCCAGCAUCAGCAUUGUCUUUCGUUCCUUUUUAAAGAGCUCAAGUUCAUUUAAGUAGGUUUACUUACUAAUUAUUAUUCAGUAUCAUAAUUAUUUAGAAUAAUUAGUUUAUUCUUUUCGUUAUUUCUGGUUUCCGUUUCCGCCUUAUUUUAUUUUAUUUCUGUUAUUCAAAAUUGCUUUCUCGUUUUGAUUUUUCUUUCACGCUUAAUUGACGUUUGACAUUUAAAAUGGAUAAUCAUAUUCACGGAGUUCCCGCCGCCAGCUCCAAAAGAGCCGCGGCGAUGAGUGCUCUCCCUAAAAUCAAAAUUUCUGAUCCCUCUAAUCGUCACCCUAAUCUAAUUGACGCCUUUAUGCAAACACCUUCUCAUCAAACUCAGCCUAAGUCUUCCGUAGAUCCCGUUGGUUUACCAUUCUCGCCUCCCGUCUCUGCCUCGACAAUGGGUCCUAAACGCUCCGCAUCUACUCGCAAGCCCUUACCCACAUCUCCUAUUCGCUCGAGAGAUCAUGGCCUUCGUGUUCCUGGUUCUACCCCUCUUAUCCAUUCAGAUGAUAAAUCCCGGGAACGAAGAAAAGUUAUCGGAAAUUAUGUGCUUGGUAAAACCAUCGGCGCUGGAAGUAUGGGAAAAGUGAAAGCUGCACAUCAUAUAAAGACCGGAGAACAAGUAGCUAUAAAGAUUGUUGUACGGCAGAACCUUGAUUGUCAAAAAUCAAAGGUCUCGAGUCAGGAGGCCCUCAAGGCUGCUCAGUCAGAAAAGAACAGGGAAAUCCGUACGGUUCGAGAAGCUGCCUUGUCAACACUGCUACGACAUCCGUAUAUUUGUGAAGCAAGGGAUGUUUACAUUACAAGCAGCCACUAUUACAUCGCAUUUGAAUUCGUGGACGGUGGCCAAAUGCUUGACUAUAUUAUAUCUCAUGGUAAAUUAAAGGAAAAGCAGGCACGUAAAUUUGUCCGUCAAAUUGGAAGUUCCCUUAAGUAUUUGCACCAUAACUCUAUCGUCCAUCGCGACCUGAAAAUAGAAAACAUACUCAUUUCAAAAAAUGGCGAUAUAAAAAUUAUUGAUUUUGGUCUUUCUAAUUUGUAUAUGCGGCAGUCUCGGCUGCGAACCUUCUGUGGCUCUUUAUAUUUCGCUGCUCCAGAACUCUUGAGUGCUCAACCGUAUAUUGGACCUGAAGUAGAUAUUUGGAGUUUUGGUAUCGUACUAUAUGUACUUGUUUGCGGAAAAGUGCCUUUUGAUGAUCAAAACAUGUCAGCAUUGCAUGCUAAAAUUAAAAAGGGUUCUGUAGAGUAUCCAGCCUAUCUCAGUGCCGACUGCAAAAGUUUGCUUUCCCGAAUGUUAGUUACUGAUCCUUUGAAACGCGCCAGUUUGGAUGAGAUACUGAAUCAUCCUUGGAUGAAUCGUGGCUAUGAUAGUCCACCAGAAUCCUUUGCUCCUGAAAGAUCACCAAUUACCUUACCAUUAGACCAAACCAUAAUUAAGGAAAUGAAUGGUUUUGACUUUGGCCCACCUGAGAAAAUAAGUCGUGAACUCACUAAAGUUGUUAGUAGUGAAGCUUAUCAAUCUUUGGCCAAAACAGGCUUUUACUCCGGUCCUAUAUCCGCUGAAAAAAAGAAGAAUUUUUUUGAAUUUCGUGUCCGCCAUGCUGCGCAAGACAUCGAAAAUCCCAUUUUACCUUCUCUCUCUAUUAACUCAAAUAUAUAUGAUGCUUUCCAUCCAUUAAUAUCGAUAUACUAUCUCGUCUUGGAAAGACAACAAUAUGACAAGCGUGGAAGCUGGAAUAGAUAUGUGAAAACCCCGGUCUCAAGCGUUCCGUCUUCACCGAUUCAGACACAAAGUUUUAGUCGAUCACUCCCUCCUAUGCCUGAACUUUCAGACAAUAAGAUUAUUUCCAAAGGAAAUGAAUAUAAUGAUGAUGAGCUGUCGGGUUUAACAGGAAAGUUAUCUCUCAUGCGAGGCAAACAUUCUCCUGAGACUCAAUCAAACAUGUCUUCACCCUCUACACUGGAGAAAAAGUCAUCAAGUAUUUUCCGAAGAUUUUCUAGUCGUCGCAAACAAAGUAGAUCUUCGAGUUCUACACGAUCUUCUACUUCUACUCUUCAGAUUAGUGCUCCUCUUGAGGCCACUCAAUCUCCAGUUGUUUCCCGAACGAAAAUGGGUUCCAAACCUCCCGUUUCCUACAAAAAUAAAGCUUUGAAUUCUGGAAAUAUAGGACGCUCAACUUCUGUUCGCGAAGGAAGGUAUGCUGGCGUUGAUAAAAUGUUAAAUUCGCCUAUCAGCGAUAAAACUCUGACUGGCGGGGUCCCGCCAGCGAUUCAACACAAUAGGCUAUUAAAUCCGAGAGGUGCAUCUUUAGGUCGCGGGAAAGUAGCUGAUGCUACUUUUAAGCAAAAACAAGUUCUAAAUGAUACGAUGGGUCAACCCCUUGACAAACAUGCGAAAGCGAAAUCGCAAGAAAGGAUUGACCCAAUCAAACCAGUUUUCUUAAAAGGUUUAUUUAGUGUUUCAACGACCUCAACAAAAAAUACAGAAAGUAUACAGCGUGACUUAAUUCGCGUCAUGGAAUUGUUGGAUAUCGAAUAUAAGGAAAUUAAAGGCGGUUAUUCUUGUUGUUACAGACCUCAAGGUAAUACUCCCAGUACUCUUCCUUCUACGCCUGCUAAAGCCAGUUUCAAUGUACCUCGUCGUCAUCCCUCUAAUGGGUCAAAUUUUUCAACUGAUUCCUACGGAUACGUCCCGGAUAAUGCACAAGUAGGGAAUACUGAGAAUUUAGUACCUUCGGUCCUUACUUUUGAAAUAUAUAUCGUGAAAGUGCCUAUUCUAUCUUUGAGGGGCAUUUCAUUUCACCGUAUUAGUGGAAAUUCUUGGCAAUACAAAACUUUGGCUAGUCGAAUACUGAAUGAAUUAAACCUAUAAUUAGGACAAUAAUUUUGGGAAUUCCAAUAAAUUUCGGUUAUUUUUAUUUAUUUAUUAUUUAUGCUCUUUCAAAUUUAAUGUUAGUUAGCAUACUCGGUGAUACAGUUUCCAUGGUUAAUCAAAUGUUUUUUCAAGAAAGUACUC